AACCGUCGUUGAUCCACUUCACCGAGCCCAACGUAUAAAUUCAAACCAAACGCGCUCUCAACUACGGGCAUUGCCACCGGUUAUCCGGGUGAAUGCGGCGCACGUUGGAUACGAAAGACAGGAACUAGUUGUCGCGAGCGCGCAAGCGACGGAUGAGCAACACAGCCGGAACUACUUUGGCCUGUGUGCGCGUUGGGUGAAUGGAGGCGCAGCUCUUCCUGGUGGUGGCGAACAAACACUGACAACUACAGGGCGGCCAGCGGCACGGCCACACACACCUUCUCCUUCGCCCCAAACCGACACCGAAACAUGGCUAGUGACAGCAAACACACCGCGCAGUUGAAAUCCGAACUGUACUUCCUAAUAGCCCGGUUUUUGGAAGCUGGACCGUGUCAGGACUCGGCAGAGACCCUGAUUCGGGAGGUUCAGGAGAAGGAGCUGUUACCCAAAAGGAUAGAUUGGACUGGAAAGGAACACCCUGGGAGUUACGAAAAUUUGGUGAAACUGUACAAACACACUUCUGCAGAUCACCUGUUGCGGGUGUGUGAGCGAGUCGGUCCUCUUUUGGAGAGAGAGGUUCCUGCCAGUGUGCCAGGAGUCAACUCGCUGCUGGGAGUGGGGCGCCAGUCUCUGCUCCGCACCAACAAGAGUUGUAAGCACGUGGUAUGGAAGGGUUCAGCCCUCGCAGCCCUGCACUCCGGCAGGCCACCCGAGCCGCCAGUCAUCUACGGAAGCCCGCCCAACAUCGUGGAGACAGCUUACAGCCGGAAGCUGAAUGGUUCAUACCGUUUGGGUCAGCUAGUCCCCACAGCUGUUUACUCACACAUGAAGAUGCACAAGAGGAUUCUGGGACAUCUGUCCUCGGUGUAUUGUGUCGCCUUCGACCGGACGGGCCGCCGCAUCUUCACAGGUUCAGAUGACUGCCUGGUGAAAAUUUGGGCCACGGAUGACGGGAGAUUGCUAGCCACACUGAGGGGUCAUGCUGCAGAAAUCUCAGACAUGGCGGUGAACUACGAGAACACACUGCUGGCAGCUGGAAGCUGUGAUAAGAUGAUCAGAGUGUGGUGUCUGCAGACUUGCGCUCCACUGGCUGUGCUAGAGGGACAUGCAGCCUCUAUAACGUCACUACAGUUCUCUCCUCUUUGCAGCGGUUAUAAGAGGUUUCUGUCCUCCACCGGUGCCGACGGAACGAUCUGCUUCUGGCAGUGGGACGCUCGGACGCUCAAAUUUGGGCCGCGACCCAGCAAAUUCACAGAACGGCCCAGACCGGGUGUGCAGAUGAUCUGCUCAUCAUUCAGCGCAGGUGGGAUGUUUUUGGCCACAGGCAGCACUGAUCACAUUAUCAGAGUGUACUACUUUGGUGGAGAUCAGCCAGAGAAGAUAGCCGAGCUGGAGUCGCACACUGAUAAAGUCGACAGCAUCCAGUUCUCACAUGGAGGAGACAGGUUUGUGAGCGGCAGUAGAGACGGGACGGCGCGGAUAUGGCAGCUGCAGCAACAGGACUGGAGAAGCAUAUUGCUGGACAUGGCCACCAAACUGCCCGGGAAGUACAACCCUCCACCCCUGGAGGACAAAGUGACCAAACUGAAGGUCACCAUGGUGGCCUGGAAUCGCCACGACAACAUGGUCAUCACAGCGGCCAACAACCUGACACUGAAGGUGUGGAACUCGUAUACAGGCAGCCUCAUCCACAUCCUCAUGGGCCACGAGGACGAGGUGUUUGUGUUGGAGCCACACCCCUUCGAUCCCAGAGUGCUGUUCUCCGCUGGCCACGACGGCAAUGCUAUUGUGUGGGACCUGGCACGAGGAGUUAAAAUACGCUCCUACUUCAACAUGAUCGAGGGUCAGGGGCACGGCGCGCUGUUUGACUGUAAGUGUUCUCCAGACGGGCAGCACUUUGCCUGUACGGAUUCUCACGGACACCUGCUCAUCUUUGGCUUCGGCUCCAGCAGCAGAUACGACAAGAUAGCGGACCAGAUGUUCUUCCACACCGAUUACCGGCCUCUGAUCCGCGACGCCCACAACUACGUGCUGGAUGAGCAGACGCAGCAGGCCCCCCACCUCAUGCCUCCGCCCUUCCUGGUGGAUGUGGACGGGAACCCGCACCCUCCUCGCUAUCAGCGCCUGGUGCCCGGCCGCGAGAACUGCAGAGAGGAGCAGCUCAUCCCGCAGAUGGGUCUGACGUCAUCAGGAUUAAAUCAGGUUUUGAGUCAGCAAGCAGCGGAAGGUUCCAGUCCCUUGGACAGUAUAAUCCAGAGACUGCAGCAGGAACAGGACCAGAGACUGGGCUCGGACUCCAGAGCUGCCCGAGGGUCUGUGAGCUCCCCUACAGAAGUUUCGUCUCCCCCUAACGUGGGUCUGAGGCGCAGUGGUCAGAUCGAGGGGGUCAGGCAGAUGCACAGCAACGCCCCCCGCAGCGAGAUGGCCACCGAGACAGACCUGGUAGCCUGGAGCAGACGAGUACUGGUGCCUGAACUCUCACAUGGAACAGCCAGCAAGCAAGAGAUCUGGAGGACGGCUCGAGGAGAGGAAGAGAUGAACGUCUACAGGUCAGAGAGGAGGAGACGCAGUGUACACAGCCAGUACCACAGAGAGAACCGGCACGCGACGGAGAACGCGGUGGAGGAGGGGCGCCGUCACCAAGGCAACCAGCACAACUACCACACGCGGCUGGCCGUGGAAGAGACGAGCCGUCAGAGUGAGGCCAACGAGGAGGAGCCGAGCGCUUCAGAGGGCGAGCCAGACGUCCGUCCUCCUAGCAGAGAGUCUUCAGAUGAAGAGAGAGAAGAAAAGGAGCCCUGGCCUGAUGAUCACAGCAGCUCCAGUGACUACUCGAGCGAUUAUUCGGACUGGACGGCGGAUGCAGGCAUAAAUCUAGAACCACCCAAGAAGACGACUACUACUGUGAAAAAGAAGAAGAAGAACGCCAGCAGCUCUGAGGAGGACGGAGAGAAGAAAAAAGAGAAAGAUGCCAAGAAAGAGAGGAGGAAAGAAAAGCAAGACAAAGACGGAGCACUACCAAAGAAGAAAAAGCCAAAGGAGAAGCGGAAGAGAUUACCUGAGUUACAGGAGCAGGGUCUGACUCUAGAGGAGUGGCUGCCCUCUGAUUGGAUCACAGACACUGUGCCACGGAGAUGCCCCUUCACCCCUCAAAUGGGUGAUGAGGUGUAUUACUUCCGGCAAGGUCACGAGGCGUAUGUGGAGAUGGCGAAAAAAAACAGGAUCUUCAGCAUCAACCCUAAGAAGCAGCCUUGGCACAAGAUGGAGCUGCGGGAGCAGGAGCUGAUGAAGAUAGUAGGUAUUAAGUAUGAGGUGGGUUUGCCCACUCUGUGCUGUCUGAAGCUGGCCUUCUUGGACCCAGACACGGGCAAACUAACAGGUGGCUCCUUCUCCAUGAAAUAUCAUGACAUGCCUGAUGUCAUCGACUUCCUGGUACUCCGUCAGCAGUUUGACAAUGCGAGACAGCGUCAGUGGAUGAUAGGUGAUCGUUUCCGCUCUGUGAUCGACGACGCCUGGUGGUUCGGUACGAUCGACAGUCAGGAGCCGUACCAGGUGGAAUAUCCCGAUAGCCUCUUCCAGUGCUAUAAUGUUUGCUGGGAUAACGGUGACACAGAAAAGAUGAGCCCGUGGGACAUGGAAGAGAUACCUAAUGAAGCGGCGUUUCCUGACGUCUUGGGUCAGAGCGUGCCAUUAACUGCAGAGGAACACAAGGCCUUACUCUAUCGUCCUCUGGAUGGAGAGUGGGGCUCACGGACGCGUGACGAAGAGUGUCAACGCAUCAUUGCUGGCAUUGACCAACUGAUCAUGCUGGACGUAGCGGCUCCAUUUGCCGUGCCCGUGGAUCUGCAGGCGUAUCCCACAUACUGCACUGUGGUGGCUUAUGUCACAGACCUGAGUACAAUCCGGACCAGACUGGAAAAUCGCUUCUAUAGGCGAAUGUCCUCUCUCAUGUGGGAGAUUCGCUACAUUGAGCACAACGCACAGACUUUUAACGAACCCGGAGCUUUCAUCGUCAAAACGGCCAAAUUUGUAUCAGACCUCCUGCUGCAGUUUAUUAAGGACCAAAGUUGCACUGACAUUAUUCCACUGUACAAUAGUAUGAAAAAGACAGCUUUCUCGGACUCAAGUGACGAUGAAGAAGAAGAGGACGAAGAGCCUGAAACUCCUGGUACAUCUAAGCGCAAUAAUAAGGGCAAGCAGAAGCCCAUCCUGAGAAAUCUGAGGAAUAAACCUGCAUCUGGAGACCCCCAGGCCUGGAGGGGGCGCUGCAGAGAGCUGCUGGACCUCGUGUUCCAGUGUGAGGACUCUGAGCCUUUCCGACAACCUGUGGAUCUUGAGGAAUACCCGGAUUACCUGGAAAUUGUGGAAACCCCUAUGGACUUCGGGACGGUCCAGAAAACUCUCCUAGCAGGAGAAUACGAAUCCCCGAUGGACUUAUGCAAAGAUGUGCGACUCAUAUUCAGCAAUUCCAAAGCCUACACACCCAGCAAGAAGUCCAGGAUCUACAGUAUGAGUCUUCGCUUGUCUGCCCUGUUUGAAGAACACGUCAGCUCGAUCGUAGAUGAUUUCAAAGCUGCUCAGAGCCGACAGACAGAACGGCAGACACGACAGCGCCUGCACAGAGAGCGGCCGACCAGACAAACCAUGAAGAGGAGGAGAAGAAGCUCUUCCCCAUCCAGCUCUGCCUCCAGCCCUGAGAGGAAGAGGCGUGUCUCGUCUCGGGCUCCUCCCCGUUCUGAUGCAGCAGCUCCGCCCACACCAGCUAGCCACUCCCGCCCCGCGUCCUUAAGGCAAACACUUCCGCAUAUCAACGGCAAAGCCGAGCACGCCGUCACCGCCGGACGCACUCGUAGCUCUGCUCGUUUUGGCACUCAUUCCACAGACCCGCCCCCGUCGCGGGCAUCUCCACCCCCCGUCCCCACCCACAGCAAAGGACCCGAGUCCACAACCAGGACUGCUCGAGCUCAGAACUCUCAGGCUUCUCCCAGCGUCUCCAAGGAAACAGAGAGUCCCAACAACGCGGACAGCGGAGGCAGGGAGUCGAGGCGGAAACUUCGAACUCCUGUUAAGCACACGCCAGGUCCGGUGGAUCAUCCUCCUCUUCCUCCCAACAACAUUCACCUGAAUGGCCAUAGCAGUCAAACGUCAUUGGGUGUAGUGAAAAGGGGGCGGGGCAGACCAAGACUGGAGUCUCAGAUAAGGACAGCAGAGGUUGUUGAGCCACCCCCAUUGCUCCGCCCUCCAGGGAAGCGGGGCAGGAAAAGUAAAAAAGAGCUGGAGGCUUCGCGUUUGAACUCCACCAACGAGGAGGAGCCCGACCAGUCCACAGGCGACGAGGCCGGAGCUUCGUCCUCCGCACAGGAUACUAGCCCAUCAGACUCAGGGGCGGGGCUUCCACAGCAACCAAAGCGUCGUGGAAGACCACGGUUAGUGAGGACAGCAGAGCAAGCCCCUCCGAGUCCCAAAACUGUUCGAAGGAGCGGUCGCCGUGGCAAUGAACAGAACACAUCUCCUGCCCCGAAGGAGGUACCAGAACGGGUGGAGUCUGGAGGGGAUGGGAACAGUAAGGAGCCUAUGAAAACGCGUAACCAGGGCCGUAGGACAGCGUUCUACAAUGAGGAAGACUCUGAAGAAGAGCAGAGACAGCUUCUGUUCGAGGACGCUUCUAUCACUUUUGGCACAUCGAGCAAAGGCAGAGUUCGCAAACUUACAGAGAAGGCCAAAGCCAACCUGAUUGGCUGGUAACAAUGCCGACACCAUGGUUCUUUGUGCUAUCCUCUAUCUACCCCACAGCGCACUGGGGUGGCACCAUUCCUGCUGCUAUCUGACUGAGUUUAUGUGAAUCUGAUCCUGACUCUGUACUGAAGGGCUUCUGGCCUUAGAGUCGUCCCCCAUACACUCCACCCCCCACCCCCCCACCCCCCAACAACAAACUCACACAUGCAGUUAAACUUGUCACUUUUUCAUUUCCAAGUGCACUGUUUGAAAUCCAGCGACUCACGAUCCUUCAGUCUGAUGAACUUCCUAGUUGUUGUUUUUUUUUUCUCCCCCCCUGCAUAACACACGCACAUAAACAUGUUUUUACACAGUCGUAGUUGCUAAUAGCAACAAAUCAAAGCAUCCUUCAGAAAUCACUUUUAAACACAGAGUGUUUUCAAAGUGUAAGAGUGUGUGUGUGUGUGUGUGUGUGUGUGUGUGUGUGUGUGUGUGUGCGCGCGCGCGUGUGCACGAGUGUGUGUGUGUGUGUGUGCAGAGUUUCGGAAUAGUAUAUUUGGUGGUUAUGCAAUGAUGGACCUUUUAAACUGUUCUUAUUGUCUUUAAAUGUCUCUAAAAGUCAAAAAGAAGAAAUUAUGACUGGGUUUAGCAUGUUUUAUAUGAUUAGCAAUACCUUGUGCCUUUUGAUCAUUUAAAUACAUUGAUAUUUCUUUGUACUCCA